GAACAACAAAAAGUAUUGACGAUCUAGCGAGAUAACAUCAACGGGAGCAUCCAAGUUCAGUGGUUGACCCUUCCGUUUCGAAUUCGAUCAUUCGUGUCCGAGUUCUCGAGCUUGCAGGAUGUGUUACUAUUCGUCUCUUCAGUGAUUCUUCCAUCUGCGUGUGGAAUUCUUUCAUUUAUUUUCUUGUUGAGUCGGUUUGAGCAAGUGUAUGUUAGGCAGAGAGCAGGAAGCCACCGCAGUGAAAUAAUUCCGAAGAAAGAGCUGUUGUCCUCUUGCUCGCGAGUGUAUCUGUUCAUCCUCCGGUGAUUGGUGUUAUUUUUAGUUCGUCGCCAUCAGCAGUUUGAGGCCGGUUUCUAUCGCCGUGGUCCAAUACUACAAACGCACUGCACGGCAAGACAAGUGAGCAGUAGUAGCAGUGAAUCCGAACAGUGACAAAUCGGAUCCAAACCAAGUCAAGUGCGUGUUCUAGACAGACUGCCUGUGCCUGCUGAAUCGGUUGCUUUUUUCCCCUCUCUAAGUGAAAGCGGGAUUCCAACGAUCCGGAACCAUGUCAAAAUUCGCCUGGGUGACACUAGCGACCAAUGAUUCGUACUCGCUGGGGGCCCUCGUGGUGGCGCACUCCCUCAAACGGGUUCACACAGCGCAUCAGCUAGCCGUGCUGAUAACACCGGGUGUGUCGGAAGCUAUGAAAACGAAACUUCGGUCGGUGUUCAAUGUGGUCGAAGAAGUCAACCUGCUCGACUCGAAGGACGACGCCAAUUUGGCUCUGCUCAAACGUCCCGAGCUGGGAAUCACAUUCACCAAAAUUCACUGCUGGCGGCUAGUGCAGUUCGAGAAGUGCGUUUUCCUCGAUGCCGACACACUGGUACUGCGAAACUGCGACGAACUGUUCGAACGGGAGGAACUGUCGGCCGCCCCGGAUGUAGGUUGGCCUGAUUGUUUCAACUCGGGCGUUUACGUUUAUCGACCCAGCAUCGACACGUUCUCGAGUAUACUGGAUUUCGCCGUCCAGCAUGGAAGUUUCGAUGGGGGCGAUCAGGGUUUGCUGAACCUGUACUUCAGCGAUUGGGCCACCAAGGACAUCUCGAAACAUCUACCGUUCGUGUACAACACAUCGUCGGUGGCUUCCUAUUCGUACCUUCCGGCAUUUAAGCAAUUCGGUCAAAACACAAAAAUUUUGCACUUCAUCGGAACGGUCAAACCAUGGCUACAGAACUUUAACUCAGAAACGCGUCGAGUGCACGUCCCCGGUGACUAUCACCAUCUGGCAAGCUUCCUGCAGUACUGGUGGGAUAUCUUCUGCGAAGAUAUCCAUUCACGUCUCAGUUCGGAAAUGAGUACAGAGCAGUGGGUUGAUCAUGGCACCGGAAGACAUGAUCAAGGGAGUCAUUGGGAACCGGGACCACUGGAGAAUGCUCCGAUAGAUCACUCCAGUGAGCAUCGACAUGAACAGCAGACGUCUGCUAGUAGUGAGGGUGCCGGAGAUGGUGGUGGUGGUGGUGGUGGUAGCGCUGGCGAUGGCGAUCAUCAACAGGAACACCAACCAGCAUCUCAAGGUGACGGGAGUGGCCUUGCCGGAGCACUUUCGCAGCUGCACCUCGGUGAACCCAAGUCGGUCGAACAGGAAGCAUACGAAGAGCAUAUGCGCCGCCAAUGUUGGGAACAGGGCAACAUCGACUAUAUGGGACGGGACUCGUUUGAAAACAUUUGGCGUCGGAUCCAGCAGACUAUGAACGAACUUCCGGUUUUGUCGGUACCUGUGCCAACUCUGGAAGCAACAUCGGCACCCGUUUCUCCCCACAGACGCCGCUCGUCGAAGUCUCGGUCCCGUUCUGCCACGCCGAAGCGUGAUCCACGGGAUCGCUCGCCAACUCCGACACCGGAGGACAUCGUACCUGUCGAGAAGAAGGAAGUUCAAAUUGAGGCGACAAUUCACGAAGAAGAUGAUGGCUUGGACGCUACAUCACUAGGUGAGCGUAGCGUCAGGCGCCCGAAGUUACCCCCGCCAGUUCAAUACGAUCCCACGACCCGAACGACUACACUGACCAAGAAAGUAUUUGCAGGUUACCAACAGGUCAUCACAACAAAGAGUCCCGAAGGUAAGAUCCGCACGCAAACCAAGACAGUCUACGAUCCCAUCGUAGAUGACGACGAGCCAGGUUCGGACGCGGUCGAUGCUCCGAUACACGUCACAACGGUCGAACCUGCCAUUUUACCGGUUAAACUACUCGAAGCCACAGUCGAGCCGCUUAAACCGGUAGAGCCACCAAAAACAGUAGCAGCUACUUCUGCACCUUCGAAACCGGUCCGUGAAGAUCGGAAAUCGCCACCACCAACUCGACCGUCUGCAAGGCCCCAGAUCCAGCAGCAGCAGCAGCAGCAGCAAGUGGUUCCGGAGUCGUUGGCAGGUAAAGACCCGAUCGCCGAACCACCAAAAACUGUCCGUCGUAAAAGAUUAACAUCACCACCAGCCACCCCACAAACUACGUCACCUAAAACACUUCAGCCACCGUCUCCGUCAAAACCACCAGCUACCGUUCCACCCAAGACAUCAACGGCUAAAAAACCAUCGCCAUCUACCAAAUCGAAACAAUCCGCUACUAAUUCGGUGACAAAUCAUACCAUGCAAACCAAGAGUAGUAGUCCGUCAAAGACAGCAUCGUCAUCUGUCAACACAAACGCGUCCACCCAUCAAUCAUCACUGCCAACUUCGCCAACGUCGACACAACAUCAACCGACUACGAAGUCUGUCCAAGACAAAGAUGCCGUACCUGUCGCUGCAAGCAACGAACUUCCGGCAGUACCGCCUCGACGUAAACGGGAAACUAAGGUGGCCCGCAUAGCAAGAUUCUUCCGCACCUACUGCACGAUAUUGUGAGGUGAUCCCAAAACAAAACCAAAAAAUCUCAAACAAAUAUGAGACCCUAAUAUGCCGCAUCCUAAAAGUGCCUGUUUUUAUCGCUAUAAGAUAUGCAUUUUGCUACUAAUGCUGCUGUACAGAUUUGAAUAUGAAAAUUCUGUAACAAUAAUCUGGCGUGGAACGA